GAGCGAUUUUCCCUGAAGAAACUUUGAAAAAUGUAGAGGAAAUGCAUUUAUAAAACAGAUCAGUGGACAGAUAUUGAUUUCUAUUUUAUGUUAUGUAUUCAUAUUAUGGUAUUUCGUCAGGCGAGGUGAGGCCCCGCCUCCCCUGCCCGCACGUUACUGUGUAAAAGGCAGCUCGGGCUGCGCGGUUAGCAUAUCGUUCUCGUUGAUCGUUCACAGCUCAGGCUCUGUGGCGAGCUCAAAGUACUACAGACUCGUUCAUAUGGAACGUUCGUUCGUUCUCUCGUCACGUGACAGUGGAGCCGCCAACAAUGGCAGGGAAGAUGCAGGACAUAAGUCGCGUUAAUGUGUUAAAGAUCCGAGUCAGUUAAAGAACCAAACUUCCCAUCUCUACCUGAGUGAAGGAGUCAUAAAAAGAUAAAAGGUCAUGUCAGGCAAACUAAUGAUGUCAUCACUGCAAUGUGACCAGCAUGUUAAGACAGUCCAGCGAUUCACCAUCAUGCAUUCAGGAACUGGAGGAGCAGCUGAACCAUCAACCCAAGGUGAAAUGGCUCAAAAAGGAAUUCAAGUGGAUCAGGACAAACUGUGCUGCUCCGUUCGUCUGGAUCUAUUAAAGGAUCCAGUCACUAUUCCCUGUGGACACAGUUACUGUUUGAGCUGUAUCAGAACCUACUGGGACGCAGAGGGUCACAAAGGAAACAGCUGUCCUCAGUGCAGACAGACGUUCACACAGAGACCUGCUCUAGUGAAAAACACUCUGUUGGCAGAUUUAGUGGAGGAUCUGAAGAGGACUGGACUCCAGGCUGCUCCAGCUGCUCUCUGCUAUGCCACACAUCAAGACGUGGCCUGUGAUUCCUGCACUGGUAGGAAGCUGAAAGCCACCAAGUCCUGUCUCCAGUGUCUGGUGUCGUACUGUGACCAACACCUCCAGCCUCACUAUGAGUCUCCAGCCUUUGAGAAGCACCAGCUGGUCGACCCGUGUGAGAAGCUUCAGGAGAACAUCUGUACACGUCACAACGAGGUGAUGAAGGCUUUCUGCCGCACUGAUCAGCAGUGUAUCUGUUACCUCUGCUCCAUGGAUGAACAUAAAGGCCACGACACCGUCUCAGCUGCAGCAGAGAGGACUGAGAAGCAGAAGAAGCUCAGCAAGAGGCAGCAAACAAUUCAGCAGAAGAUCAAGGACAGAGAAGGAGACAUCAAGAAGCUGCAGCAGGAGGUGGAGACCAUCAAUCAAUCCGCUGAUGAAGCAGAACGCAGCAGUGAGAAGAUCUUCACACGUCUGAUCCAACUAGUUCAGGACAAAUGCUCAGAUGUGAAGCAGCAGAUCAGGUCCCAGCGGACAAGCCUGGUGAACAGAUUGAAAGAGUCUCAAAAGGAGCUGGAAGAGGGGCUCACUGAGAUAAAGAGAAGAGAAGCUGAGCUGCAGCAGCUCUCACACACACAUGACCCCAUCCAGUUUCUGCACCACUGCCCUGUGCUGCUGAAUCCCAUGGACUCCACUGACCCUCACAGCAUCAGCAUCCAGUCUGUGAGCUACUUUGACCACAUGUUAGCAGCUGUGGCAGCAGCCACAGAUAAAAUACAGGACGUCCUCAAUGAGGAAUGGACCUGGUCUGAAUUCCUCCAGUAUUCACAACAAAUGACGCUGGAUCCAAACACGGCACACACUCAGCUGAUGUUAUUUAAAGGAAACAGAAAAGCAACAGUGAUGAAAAAUACGCUGGUUCAUCCUCAUCACCCAGACAGAUUCAUCAAACAUCAGCAGGUCUUGGGAGCACAUAGCCUGACAGGACGCCAUUACUGGGAGGUGCAAAUGAAGCAGAAUAAAUUCAGAACUACAGUGGCUGUUACAUACAAGAACAGUAGCAGAACACAAAGUGAAAGUGCUUUUGGAGACAACAACAGAUCCUGGGCUUUAGUCCUUUUGGACAAUCGUUUUAAAAUCAUGCACAACGGAAACGUUCUGUUCAUCCCAGGUCCCCCCUCCUCCAGAAUAGGAGUGUUUCUGGAUCACGGUGCAGGGACUCUGUCCUUCUACCGCGUCUCUGAUACCAUGACUCUCCUCCAGAGAGUCCAGACCACGUUCACUGAGCCUCUCUAUGCUGGUCUCAGUGUUUAUGGGUAUGACAUGUCUGUUGAACUGUGUGAGCUCAAGUAGAGGAGCAGCAUCAAUGAGACCUGAAUCUGUCACAACUGCUCCAGUUAUUUUUUUAUUCUUUAUUUGUAAAACCUAAGGUUUCUAGGUUUUAGAGUUUCCCACUCUGUUCUGACUAAAUCAUUAAUUAUUAUGUAUCAUUAAGUAUUAAGGAGGAACCGUUAUUGUUAUCAGUGGGACACGACCUUGACUGUGACAUGUAGCAUGAGCUGAAACCACUAAGAAGCUUGUUAUGAUGAAAUAAUGUCACAAAGACAUGGAACUGUUUCACGAAGCAGAUUUCACAUGGACGUCACAGGACCUUUAACAUAACUAUAGCAACACUUCUCCUUAAUCAAUCACCAAAAGACUGCGUCUUUAAAGUCAGUGAAUAUGCUCCCAGAAUAUAAUGCUUGACAUGUUAUUGUUUUUCAUUUUGUCAGAAGGUCUGACUCAUUAAACAGGUGCCUUGACAUGUUCAGCUUCCUCUGUGUCUGUAAAAUGUAAAACUGUAAUAAGCUGCUAGUUUUUAGUUGAGAGUUAUUGUAACAUGAAUGAUAUAAAAUGGCUGAUACAGUAUCUUUGUCUACACAAAGGCA